UACCGCCGCACCAUGACGUUGGGAAGCUCAUUCGCCAGCUCGUCGUCACUCUCUUGAGAAUUUGUGUCUCGCAGCACUCAGCAGAGUUCCCCCCCAACGGAGAGGAAAUUCAUUCCGUGACACGAGAGGCGCUCCCUCUGCAAGAGAGGAGAAGAAAAAAAAAUCCUUCAGCUCCCAACCCUUCUUUCACUCGCUGCCGUUGGGUUUUCCCUUGGACCAUCUUCCGAACCCCUCCGCAGCGCAAUCCCCUCUCAUUCUCAUCGGCCUCCCAUGUCGCCGUGAUCGUCCUUCCGUCCGUCUUGUUGUUGGUCUGACUUACACGACACUCUCUGUCCUCGCAACCUACCUACCUACGCCAAGCUUCAUACUACUGCUGAAUCUACGAUGGAGAAGUUCAGUCAGUUCCGCGACAAAGGCUCGGGCAUCUCGCCCUUCAUCCCCGUCAAGACCGGCCUCUCCCCCGUCUCCUCCGUCUUCCACACGUUCCUAUUUUGCGUCCGCCUCCCCAUCUUCCUCACCUAUGCCACCGCCUACUUUCUCCUCCUCCAGCACCUCCCCUUCCUCCCCGUCGCCGUCCGCAAGGUCCUUCUCUGGGGAAUGAUGGGUAUCCCCGGCAUCUGGUGGGUCGACCUCCAGCUCGACGGCGUCCGCCGGGGGACCCUCGCCGAGCAGCCCCCGCAGCGCUUCCCGCACCCGGGCUCCGUCAUCGCCGCCAACUUCACCUCCCCCAUCGACGCCCUCUACCUCGCUGCCAUCUUCGACCCCAUCUUCACCAUCUCCUACCCCAACACCCGCGCCGUUGAGCGCGUCUCCCUCCUCCGCGCCGUCCUAUACGCCCUCUCGCCCGUCCGCUUCGCGCCCCCGCCCGGCGGCAGCGCCCGCCUCACCGACCUCGCCGCCCUCCUCCGAAAGUACCCCGACCGCGUCGUCGCCGUGUUCCCCGAGGGUGGCACCACCAACGGAAAGGGCGUUUUGCCAUUCACCCCGUCCCUCCUCGCCCUCGGCCCGGACGUCCACAUCUUUCCCGUCAGUAUCCGCUACACCCCGGCCGACAUCACCACCCCCGUCCCCGGCCGCUGGUUCAAGUUUCUCUGGGACCUGCUCUCCCGCCCGACUACCUGCAUCCGCGUCCGUGUCGCCGAGAGCAUCCUCAACUCCGCCGCUGCUCAGACCAACGGCGUAUCGUCGUCCGUCGUCGCCGACACCGCCGCCACCCAACGCCGCAUCGGCGGAGCCGACCCUUCGCUAUCGAUCGAGGAACAAAGGGUGUUGGAUAAGGUCGGCGAGGCGCUGGCCAGGCUAUGCCGCAACAAGCGCGUCGGCCUGACGCUGCGGGACAAGGAAGCCUUCAUCGAGGCAUGGAACGGCCGCAAAUAGUCAUGGAAACGCAGCGCGAGCGCAUGAGGAAACAGAUGAGGGAUAAGGGUGGACAUUAUGGCCUACCCUUCGGCGGCAAUCGUGCUUUUCUCCUUUACGUUCGGCGGGUAUUUUUGCAUAGCUAGGAGCUCGGGAGGAAGAGAGGCGGGCCUUGAACACGCCAUGUUUCCAAUAUCGUCGACCGGCGCAACGAAAAGCAGCAGCAGCAGUAGCAGCAUGCGAGCGGUUUCUUGAUUAUCUGCUUCAUUUUCUUUUUCAUCGUUUGGAGAAGCAAUCCGCCGCGGUGAGCCAAUGUUGUACGCUUCGUGUGUGUAUUGUGUUAUCUUUGCGGCUUCAUAUACCACCACUUCCGAAUCGGAUAUUUUCAAAAAGCGAUGAUGAAUCUUAUUUCUUUUUUCUGUACGCGCGGCUGGGAUCUCUUUUGUACACAAGCGGGGAGUAAUAAUACCACAUAACACACAAGCAAAACUCCCAUUUUUGGACUACCUUUUUUUUCCGAAGCCGUACAAGAAGAAGAUGAUGAUGGUAUAACAAAGUGUAAAACUCUAGAAAAUGUCGCCUCCCCGGCCUCCCCCUUUUUGUCCUUUGCCCAUCGCUCAGCAUCCAGGAAACAAAUUU